CCCAUGGACCUCUCCACCAGCACCAUGCUCUUCUUGAUCCUCUCCUGCUGUCUCUGGGAUGCAGAAGCCAGAAGUUAUAAUUCUGUCCUCACUGUGCCCAAUGGAGGACCAUGGGGUUCUUGGGGAAACAUCCAGGUUUGUCCCAAUGGAUAUGCUUAUGGGUUCUCACUGAAGGUAGAGCCACAUCAAUCAAUGGGGGAUAAUACAGCCCUGAAUGGAAUCCGCCUGCACUGUACUGAUGGGACAGCAAUUGAGUCUACAGUUAGUCCGUGGGGAAGAUGGACGGGGAUUCAGUCUUGCCCCCAAGGCCACCUGGACUCUUUCUCUCUGAGAGUGGAAAGACCAAAAGGCUUAAGUGAUGAUACAGCAGCCAACAACAUCGCAUUCACCUGUGAUGAUGGAACUCAACUCACGGGCCUCGGAAAUCACUGGGGUAAUUUUGGCGCAUGGAGCCAACAUUGCCCUUCUGGCGCCAUCUGUGGGAUCCAGACCAAAGUGGAGUCUCGCCAAGGGUGGAAGGAUGACACAGCACUUAAUGAUGUGAAGUUCUUCUGCUGUAGCUGA